UGCUGUCCUGGGUGUAGUUGUGGUACACAGUGGACCGCCCGGUGGAAUGGCUAGCUACCGCACCGAUCUUGGCUCUUUAUUCCCUGUGGUAGGUUCGAAGCAGCAUGCGUUCGUUGUGCCUGCUUCUGCGAUUUCCAGCAAGCGACGGAGGGUGCGGCAGCGAACGCCGUCACGUCAAGUUCAACAACAAACGCCUGUGGCUGCCGGCCGCAUGCUGUCCAGAGAUGGAGAUCGUCACCAACAACGUCUGAGCACCACCACCAAGCACGACAACAGUGUUACUGAAGCGAAACGACGGGUCAAUGGCAGGCUCGUGGUUGCGUCCCGAGGUGGGGGUGGGAGAAGCAGCAGCAACAACGGCGUUGUUGGCCGUAGCGGAGACUCUGCUGCCGACAUCUUCACAUCUCGCAACCGGAUGAUGGCCGCAGCAAGACGACGGAGAUGGACAGAGGUUUUGGAGAUCCUGGGCCACUGGGAGGAGAACGCGGGGAGGCUAGAUGCGAAGACGUAUAACGUCGCCUUGUCUGCGCUCGGCAAAUGCGGCAGGUGGAAAGAGGCGCUUGCGACGCUCGAUCGCAUGCGAUCCAAGGGUGUGCCGCCGGACGUCUACUCCUUCAACAGCGCCAUCUCGGCCUGUGGGCGAGCGGCCAAGUGGAAGCAAGCCUUGGCCCUCCUUUCAGAGAUGGAGAGGGAAGACUCGGAGGUACGGCCGGACUUGUUCAGCUACAAUGGCGCCAUCAAUGCCGUGGCAAAGGAUGGCCGAUGGGAGCAGGCGCUGAGCCUCUUGAUGGGCAUCAAAACUCGAGGCCUUUCGCCGGACGUCUUCAGUUUCUCGAGCGCGAUGUCCGCUUGCGAUCGGGCCGGCAAGUGGCAGCAAGCGCUGUCUCUUUUGGCCGACAUGCCGUCCAGGGGUCUCGAGGCGAACGCCCACGCGUACAGCUCGGCGAUUCACGCCUGCGUCGUCGGAGGCCAGCACCGGCGGGCUCUGGAGCUGCUUGAGGAGAUGCUGGAGCGCCGCGUCGUCCCGGACGCGGCCGUGUUUACGGCGGCGAUGACAGCGGUGGACGGGUGGGGUGCGGCGUUGCGGCUGCUGGAGGGUGUGCUGCCGGAUGUCAAUACGUACAACGCGGCCCUCAGCGUUGUCGCCCGCAGCGGCCGGGAGGAUGUGGCUCUGGCGCUGCUUAACCGAAUGAGGAUCGAUGGGUACUGCCCAGAUAUCGUGACCUUCAACACGGCCAUCGAUGCGUGUGCGUCCCGCGAAAAAUGGCAGGAGGCGGUGGAGUUACUUGAGGUUGACAUGCCUGCCGCCAAGGUGAAGCCCGACGUCAUCUCCUUCACGUCGGCAAUUCACGCGUGCGCUGGUCCGACAGGGAAUUGGGAAAAGGCUUACCAGCUGUUGGACGCCAUGUGGCAGGACCCGGAAGGAGCGAAGCCCAGCAAGCACACGUACGACCUCGUCAUACAGGCGUGCGGCCACGGCGGAGAGUGGGAGCUCGGGGUGACCCUGAUAGACGACAUGCGCGACCUGGGCAUCAAGCCGGACGCGCAGACGUUCAACAUGGCCGUCGCGGCCUGCGCGCGGUCGGGGGAAAGGCUCGCCGCGGAGACGCUCGUGGCAAACAUGCGGAACGCCCGCGUAGUCCCCGACGAGUUCACAUACGCCUCCCUGGUAGCAGCCUGCGGCCGCGCGAAGGAGUGGAAGCGAGCGACCGAAAUAUUCGACGAGGCGCGGUACGUGCACCGCAUCCGCCCCUCGCUGCAGAUCUACGGCGCCCUCCUCGGCGCGCUCGCCGAAGGGGAGCGGUGGGCGGACGUCCUGGUGUACAUGGACCGGAUGGUGGCCGACGGCGUUGCUCGCGACGCGGCGGCGACGAACACCGCCGUUCUCGCCGCCGCCGAGCUCGGGGACGGUCGUCGGGCGCUCUCUCUACUGGAAGGAGGAGAAGGGUCGCAGCAGCGAGGAGGACGGCAACGGGAAAUGGUGAGGGAUGCGGGUGGCGAGGAAGGCGGCGGCAGCGAUAACCGACUGCUUUGGGAUGGCCUACAACGACGACGUCGACCGGCGGCAGUCGACGAGGGGGAUGGUGGCCGCGGCGUAGUGCUUGGACAGGGGGAGCUUGAGGGGGAAACAGAGGCGUUGCUCGGGAGGAGGCAACGUGCAGCGACUGCAGCCGGAGAGAAGAGACAUGGGGAAGAGUCAGAAGUACGAGCGCGGACGAGAAUCAGGCCUUGUCCGGAAGCAGCGAGAGAACGUCAAGGGGUUCUUGGCGAACAAAAUUGUGUUGACGAAGAGAGUGAAGAUGGGACGAGAAGGACCGGGGGAGACAGCGACUCGGUGGACGAUGGUGUAGGAGGUUGGGAAGGGGUAACGCCUGGCCUGCUGAUCUCAGUGCUUCGUGCUCUGGACGAGCAGGACGAGGACUCCGCCGUCCUCGAAGCCGUGAAACGUGGACGAGAGAAAGGAGUCUUGCUCAACCCGAGCAUUUACAGGUGCGCCCUGAAGGCGUGCGGGAAUCUGGGAGACUACGACCAGGCGAACGAUAUUUUGGUGCGAAUGGCGGAGGAAAGUCUGACGCCGGACAUCGUACACUGGAAUCACGCUCUCCGCGCCUCGGCUGCGUGCGCUCGGUGGCAAGAGACACGGUUACGCUUGAAGGAGAUGGAGACCUCCGGGUCAACCCCGGACGAGUUCAGUUACAGCAUGGCGCUCAAGGCAUGCAGCGCUGGCCUGUGGUCCGGCGACUCUUGGUGCGAUAGCCGUGGGUGGGGGGCGGAGGAAGAUAAAUCCUCUUGCCGACGUAAGAACGCUUUGAAUGGCGAGGGCCAGCUGGAUGGGAGCGGAGACAAGAAAGAACCCAAGGUGCCGCAAGCGUGCAGAGGAAAAAACGCCAUCGAGUUGCUGCAAGAAAUGAAACAGAGAGGCGUUCGGCUGAGCGCGCAUGCUUACACUCUUGCCAUGGCGGCGUGUCUCGAGGGUCACCGCGAUAGACACCCAGAACUCGAAGCCGGGCUUGACAAGGAAAAGGGUCCGCCCUCGGCGGAUCUUCGGCUUGCAGAGGCUGCGCUCUUGCUUUUCGAUCGGUUGGUGGCGGCGGGCGAAACGCCUACCGCAGAUGCUUACGCCCAUGCGUUGAAGGCAUGCGCACGCACGGCGAAUCCUCAGCGGGCGAACGCCCUGUUCUGGUUCAUGCUGGACGCCGCCUCUCCUCCUGCCGCCGUUCAAACCUCCUCCAACUUGUCCUCCCUGCGCAACGGCGCCUCUGGCAAUUACGUUGCCGAUGGCCAACGGCGACAUUCGCGGCCGCCGUCCCCGCCCCAGCCCCGCCCGGAGGUGCGUCCGUGGCACCUGGCGAGCGCCAUCGCGGCCUACGACGCGGCGGGGGACUGGACCGGCGCCAAGCAGCUGUGGGACGAGGCAUUACGCCGGGGAGUGUCUCCGCGGAGCCCCGGAUACGACGCUGCCGUCUCGGUCGCCUUGCGGGCGGGAGACACUGCCGCCGCGCGCCAGCUUGUUGAGGAGGCGCGAGGGCUGAGGCUCGAGCUCGCUCGGGGCUACGAGGGAGAUUGACGGGUCUGCAUUAAAGUUGGAGAAACGAGAUACAGGGGCAUGACAGGUUUUUCGGCGUCCCCUCCGGAAGGGUGCAGUGGU